AUGACAAACAUUCGUCGUAAUGGAGAACCAUCUUCUCAUAAUAUUAGAUUUCAAGAUUUUCUUAAAGAUGAUCCACGCUAUCUAAUAUUUCUUAUGGCCUUCAAUGAUAAUAGUUUGCACGGUGAUGUGAAAUCAAACCCAAAAGCCAUAUUAUCAUGGCACAUGUCUACUACUAAACAAAUUUAUACAUUAAGUGGAAGAUUUUACAGAUUUCCACCACCAAAAAUCUUGUCAGAUGAAUUAUCAAAUGUUCCAUCCCAAGAAUAUUGGGAAUCCAUCAGACGUCAUUACUGGUCAUCACUCUCAUCACAAACAAGAGUAGUUUUUACUUGGCCACCUUCAGGCGAAAUACCAAAAGCAAACAAGGAAGCAUUCCAGUGUGACAAACUGGAAUCAAUGUUAACAACUGAUAAUAAAAAGACAGCUUCAGAUGAUCCAAUGAAAAUUAAGCAUGAUUUCGCAUUUGACAAUUUUUGUUUAUUGGUUUUUAAAGUAAAUGAGGUGGUCAAAUUUGAUUAUGGAGGUUUUCCUAUGACUAGAGUUGUUUACAGUUUUGAUGAAGAUAGCAAUACUUGGGCAGCAAAAGAAGCAAAUCCUUAA